AUGCAAUCAGAGCCUUCUGCCGUAUCUCAACAUACACCUUCCAUUGACUCAUCCCAGGCCAGCCCCCGCCCCAUCCAACAUGGACAUGACUUCGAUGAUGCUGCAGCCUCUGGCCUCCUCACUCGAGAGGAGACCGGAGACUGUUCAGCCCUGGACUCCUCGGCCACGCGGGAAACCCGCCGCGCGCCGCUGAGCGACACUGCCUCGACCCCGCCUUCCUCCCCUGCCCAACGAGUGAUCCAGUACGAGAAUGCUGGCACUUCGAGCAACAAAGGAGCCGAACCAGGCUUUCAAGUCGUGGCAUCCUCGGGUCAUCCUCACCUGCCUUUAGAGACGCUUCCGAAUGAGGUUCUCACCCAUAUACUGUCGCAUUUGCCGCCCCAGUCUCUCUCUGCUAUUACGUUAGUUUCCCGCCGCUUUCAUGCGCUGGUUACGACUCCUCAUGCCUGGAGAAUUGCCUUCUCGCGGUUCUUCCCGGGCCCCCAGGUUGCGGAGAGUGGGCGACGCGCCCCAACCGAUCCAGAGGACUUGAUGUCGGAUAGACGGUUUUUUGCAAGACUGACUGCGCUGGCAUCGUGGCGCAGCGAGUACAUCCUUCGCACCCGUUUGAUGCGCUCGUUGUCUCGAGGCAAACCAGCUCAGUUCCAACCUUCCAAGAAGCAAGGCACUGUACGGUCGGCGAAUGCUCGCAACGGCAGUGCUGUAGCAACCUACACGUCGCAGCUGCUGUUUCCAGUGAGCCAUAUCCAUGGGUCGUUCAGCAGCCCGGAAAAGGAGCCGACCUUUAUUCAUGGCGCUUCCGAACAAGGGAUAGCGUCUGCUAGUGAUCCGUCGACCGUGAAGGUGAGCACCUGGGGGCUUUCUGAUCAUCAAAUAUUUCGUCACUUUGCGGACAGCUUCCCAGGUGAUGCACCAUACGGACUUGGAGCCGGUGAAAUGAUUGGUGUUCCCAAUUCUAUGGACGUUAGCCAGCCGUACGGCAUGAUCUACGGGGAGGGGUGUCCUCAAGGUCGGAGUUACUUUAUCUCAACCACGGAGCAGCGUGGCCGUUUCCUCGUUCCCUCGGAUUUGGGCUCUCAACCCAAGCUGGGAAUUCCUGCCAUGAACAUGAUCACACACGCUGUCUGUUCAGUCUGGAUUGCCAAGUCAUCCUCAAUCCUUAGGAUGACUGGCGGCCUCAUUGCUAUGAUGUCUGGUUCGUCUUCCGGUAUUCUCACUGCGUACGCCAUGGGUCCCCACCCGGCAUACGAGAAGCGGUAUGAGCGUGGCCAGGUGACUGCCAAGUGGGUUCUCAGCCCUGGCGUUCCUAUCAUCGGCAUCGCCGUUGAUGAUAGCUACUCGACUAAGCGCCAUACCCAGCGACGCACCUGGGCUGUUGCUCUCAAUGCCUUGGGAGAAAUAUUCUUCCUCACAGACCUUCCACAACAGCCAGAGGUGUCAUCUACAGCUAAGCUCAACGCAGAGCAACUCGAUGAACUUGCAUGGAAGACUGGCAGAACUGUUCGCUGGGAGCUUAUUGAAAUGAGCCGGCGCACGGCACGUGCGGACCCCUUCAAUCGAGAACCAGUCGAUGGUAGCUAUAGCCCGCGGUCCUCGUCUGAUUCGAUGCUCCUUGAAGAAAGUCAGAUUGCUGCAGAGACAAAAGAGAUUGAGAAGUUUUUAUCGUUCAAGCCGAAACAUUUCCGCAAACUCUGCGAAGGCUGGAACAUGCGCUGCGAUCUCAAGGUCGACUUUGCAGGUGAUGAUGGAUGUGGAUCUGGCGAAUCAGUGAUAGUGAUUUCCCAUGGAGAAGGUGAAACCGAGAAUGCUUUUAUCCGACGAUAUAUGCGCACUACAUCCAAGUCCGAUGCUAGGUCGCCGUCAUCGACACCCGGCGGCUCGGCUCGCCCUCGGGGCCAGCUGCUCACGUCCCUCUUUGGCGGCCCUGUCAAUUUCUCAAGCCCGACACCUAGUGAAAGUCCUUCGCCAUCUCGAUCAUCGGUUCGGCUCAGUGAGCCCACCCGUACGGCCAACACCGACUGGCGAAUCUCAAAUUUCACAUUCGGCGACCGGAAGUCGGUGGAAGUGACCGCUACUGCGUUGGAUAAUUCUACAUUUGCCACUCUCACAGCGGAAGAAGACCCGCUAUUGGCCAUGUCCGGAAGUUCUUUCUCCUCUGCCACAUCCUCGCCGAUACUGCCGCAUAUGGAACAGCCGCGUUCGAGUCUUGAGGUACCCGGCCAGCGUGCACGAUAUCUGGCCGUGGGAACCACAACUGGUGGGGUCUAUGUCUGGGACAUUCGUGCUUCUGCAGCCCAGAGCAGCGAUGUCAUUAAUUCGAUUGGUCCGCUGCGAACGAUCCAAACCGAGUCACCUCAGAUAUCAUGCGUGGCGUUGACAUCCUUGUACCUGGUGCAUGGCGGUAACGAUGGCCUGGUGCAAGCUUGGGAUCCCCUGGCUUCCUCCACCCGGCCAAUCCGAACGAUCAACUCCCGCUUUUCGUCUCGUGCUCGACGGCGGUUGGUGCAAGCAGAAGCCUCCAUGCUUGGCGUUGGAAGUAACUACUUCGCGACGGGGGCCAUCUGCCUGGACCCGGAUCCAACGGUUCUUCGUGGAAUGGUGUCGCUUGGCACCCAUCUCCGCUACUGGUCAUACAGUUCUUCAGCAGCUGAUCAGUAUAAAUGUAGCAAACGUCGACUUCGCCGUUCCUUACGGGGCAGCAACGGCACCGCUGAUGGUCAACGAUUCACUACCAGUGGACGCAGUGCCAUUCGUGACUUCAUUGAGGAUGAACGCGUUGAACUCGAGCGGCAGCAGAUUGCAAAUGCAAAAGAGAGGGCGCACCUGAGCGUACGAUUUGGUGUGGAUCUUCUGGGCCCUGAUGUUGAUGAAGAGCAGCUUCUGGCGUAUGCGCAGCUCCUGAGUGAAGAAGCCUAUACUGCCGGUGGGUUUGCGGGCAAGCGUGAUGAUCGUGAACAGACAGCUAUUGCAAGCUCAGCCACCAGCACCUCCAUGAGCGAUGCUAUUGGAGCAAGUUCCGUUGGCUUAGGGGAAGUGUCGUCCUCCUCUUCUCCUUACCAGGAUCCGGUGGAUGAAAACGUAGACGACGACCUCGCUGAGGCAAUUCGCCUCAGUCUACUUGAUGAGAAGGCGGCAGCCCCACCUGUGGACCAGACUCCUACGCCAAAGGGGGUGCGAAGACCUCGUCAUUCAUCACCGGGCAAUGGAGAUGCCGAGAGCAGCCAAAAACAGGAGAUGGAUGACCUGGAGUUCGCCAUCCAGCUCAGUUUGGCGGAGGAUAAGAGCAGUGGUGUGCCCAGCGAAGAAUGGGAAGAAUUCCCCGCUCUGGCUUCGGGACCGCUAUCGUCUUCCCAGUCUUCUGUCAGGGGAAAGGGAAAGGGGAGGGCGUGA